AUGAUCAAAGGUCUUAAAAUCACUUUUUUGACAAUUAAGAAGGUUUGGAAAGAGGAAAAUUGGAGCAUGCUUGUUGGUGAAAUUCAGGAAAUGGGAGGAUGUUUGGUUGAUUUUGGAGAUGUUGAAGAGGAAAGGCUUGACUCAUAUGAUGUGCAUUUCUACGCUCCAUCCAGAGAAGAAAUAGAAGAUGAAGUGAGGAAGGAAGGUUCUUUUGAAUUGGAGAGGUUUGAGAUGUUUGGACUGGAUCAAAGGCAUGGCAAGAACAAUGAGAGCUAUGGAACAAGAGUUGCAAUGACUGUGAGGGCUAUUCAAGAAUCCAUGAUUGGGCAGCAUUUUGGAGAAGGAAUCUUGGACAGUUUGUUUGAAAAUUUUGGGAGAUUGGUGGAUGAGGAAACUGCUAAAGAAGACAUUAAGCCCAUCACUUUUGGGGUUGUACUUAAGAAAUUAUGA